GUGCGCAUGUGUAGUGCAUGCCUUGUCAACGAACGCGCGUAAUUCAACAUGGCGGAUAAACCAAAACUGAAAAUCCAACGCUAGUAAAGAAAAACAAACGCAAAUCAAUUUCCGAGACGUCAAAAUCAAUUGACAUAAUACAUGGAACAUAGCUCGAUCAAAAUUAACAAAUCAUUAAGUUAUCCUACCAUUUCUUGUAAUAUAAUGCCCUCGUUCAUUUCAAAAUACAAGAUAAUUCAAAAAAUCGGCGAAGGGUCAUUCUCGGAGGUGUUAAAAUGCGAGGACCGUGCUACCAAGCAGCUGUACGCGGCAAAGAUCCUCAAAAAGUUCUUCACUGGCAGCAACGACGUGUUGUACUGCGCCGAGAUCAUCGCCAUGCAGAAGCUUAACAAGCAUCCGAACGUUCUCUACAUGCACGACUACUUUUUUGAGAAAGGCUCUGGAAAAUUAAUAUUUAUUUUUGAACUCAUGGACAUGAGCAUGUACGAGUUUAUGAAGUCACGCAAACGUAGUAUACCAGAGGCACGUGUAAAGAACUACCUCUACCAGAUACUCAAAGGUCUUGAUUAUUUGCAUCGCCAUGGCUUGUUUCAUCGCGAUAUUAAACCGGAAAACAUUCUUGUUAAGGUGCAAAAUCCUGGUAAUACUAACACAACCACACAACAGCCAAUAGAAUUAAUAAAAUUAGCUGAUUUGGGAUCAAUACGUGGUAUUUACUCAAAACCUCCAUACACUGAGUACAUUUCGACAAGAUGGUACCGUUCCCCAGAGUGUCUCCUCACCAUUGGUCACUAUGGACCUAAAAUGGACAUCUGGGCGACUGGAUGUGUCUUCUAUGAAGUCCUCACAAUGAGGCCAUUGUUUCCUGGUAAUAACGAAAUAGAUCAACUAGCAAAGAUUCACGCUGUCCUAGGCACACCCAGCACAAGACUCUUGGGAAAAUUAAAAUCCCGAUCGAAAAACUUGCAAAACUUCACAAAGUCCAUCGGUAUUGGUCUAGGCACACUGAUUAAAACAUUCAGUGAAGACGCCCAGACCAUACUAAAACUAAUGCUCCAAUAUGAUCCGGAUAUUCGUAGCAAUGCAAGAAGAUUACUCCAGCAUAGAUAUUUUUCCGCAAUCAUGGAUGAAGAGAAAUGCAAGAAAUCCAUCAAUAGAACCUACGCUAGUCGUGAUCAUGGUGAUAAUACAUCAAUUCCUGCAUUUGGUCAUACUUUUUCCAACAAGCCACAUUUGCAAAUGUCCGAAGGCGCACCCAAACCGCACUUUUUCACAUCCCGAACCGCUAUUGAACUCAAUCAGUCACGAAACUAUGCGACUUCAACCAAACCCAACAUGAAGACGUACUCAGAGAAACAUCUUUCCAAGACGUGGCAGACAACACAGCAACAAAAGUUGAAGGCAGCAUAUCACAAUGCAUUAUUUCGAAACACCACCAGUAAUAUAAGUAAGAAACUCUGUGAAUAUGAAGACAGCGGCAAUAGGCAGCAAGAGACACGUUUGCUUAAUAAACGUGUCCUACCGCAAGAUAAAUGCGAAGCCAAACGCAUUAAAAUGUUAAAUUGACGCUUGAUUACUAAUAAUUAAAUAAGUCCUGUAAUAUACUUCACGCAGAAAAAUGA